AUGGCCUUAGACGCCUGGCUAGGCUUAGAGGGCAUCUCUGGCGGAUCUAUCAGCAAGAAGGCAACGCUGUUAAUUAAGGCGAACAUGCCUAUGUCGGCGACGCAGGUGGAGGAGAUUAAAGACAGCGAGAUGGAGGACUGCGAACACGGCAGUAAUAAGGAGUGCGUUGAGCCUGCGCCUGCCUAA